AUGGAUGACAUUGUUGAGGAAGUGGGUGAAGAAAAUGUUAUCCAAAUUGUAACCGACAAUGCUGCAAACUAUAAGUUGGCUGGCCAGAUGUUAAUGGAGAAGAGGAAUAAGCUUUGUUGGACCCCUUGUGCAGCUCACUGCAUUGAUCUAAUGUUGGAGGACUUUGAGAGCAAGAUACCUAUGCAUAAAGAUACUAUUGUUGCAGGUAAAAAGAUCACAACUUAUAUUUAUGCUAGGACUUGUCUUAUAACUUUAUUGCAUCACUUUACUGAAGGAGGUGAGUUGAUUAGACCCGGAAUCACACGUUUUGCAACAUCUUACUUAUGUUUGGGGUGCUUGAAUGAUAAGAGGGGAGCAUUGUUUAGGAUGUUCACUUCCAAGCAAUGGAAUUAUGGUCCAUUUUCCAAAACAAAGGAUGGAAAACUAGUUCAAAAUAUAGUCCUAGACAAAGAUUUUUGGAAGAAUGUGGUUCUUUGUUUAAGGGAUGCAUUUCCAUUACUAAGAGUGUUGCGUAUGGUGAAUUCUGGUGAAGAACUAGCCAUGGGCUUGAUCUAUGAACCAAUGGAUCAGGCGAAAGAGGAAAUACAAGUCGGGUACAACAAGAAGAGAAAAAGUUGUAAACCUGUAUGGGAUAUCAUUGACAAGAGAUGGGACAAACAAUUGCAUAGACCAUUGCAUGCUGGUGGCUAUUUUUUUAAUCCCAUGUUGCAUUACGGUCCUAAUCUCAAAGCUGAUAAAGAAGUUAUGCAAGGGAUGUAUACAUGUUUAAAGAGGGUGAUGGGAGGAGAUAUGAGUAUGGUUAACAAGAUUGACGGUCAACUUGAGUUUUUUAAAGGUAAAAAGGGGUUCUUUGGAGAUGAAGUGGCUCAACUUGGGCUACAAAACAAGACACCGGCUCAAUGGUGGGAAUCUUACGGUGGUGAACAUCCGGAGUUGCAAAACUUUGCCAUUCGUGUCUUGAGUUUAACAUGUAGUUCUUUUGGUUGUGAGAGGAACUGA